AUGCUCUACCAAGCAGAGCUAGGAGACACAGACUUCAUUACAGGAGACUAUCUCGCUGAGGUCAACAUCGCGGAAAACGCCCAGGCACAUGCAGCGGGCAAGCAUCCUGGAUGGGAGAAAACAGCUUGGGAUGGUAUCGAGCAGACGAUCGACUUGUUGAAUGAAAAGAGGAUCAAAGUCGUUGUCAAUGGUGGUGCGCACAAUCCGAAGGGAUUGGCCGAGAAGGUGCAUGAACUCGUAUUAAGUAAAGGAUAUGAUCUGAAGAUUGCGUACGUGUCUGGUGACAACCUAAUGGACGAAAUGAAGGACAUCAAGGAGAAGGGCCUACCGCCGCACCUAGACUCCGACAACAGCGAAGUAACGGUCGCGGACCACACGCUUGACGUCCUGAAAAGCGACAAACCAAUCGUCAGUGCGAACGUCUACCUCGGCGCUCGCGAAAUCGUCAAAGGUCUCGAAGAAGGCGCAGAUAUCAUUAUUGCUGGUCGCGUUGCAGACGCCAGCCCAGUCAUCGGUGCUGCAUGGUACUGGUACUCGUGGCGUGACACCGACUUCGAUGCACUUGCAGGAGCCCUUAUUGCGGGUCAUCUCAUCGAAUGCAGUGGCUAUGUAACAGGCUCGAAUUUCGCAGGAUUCUACGAGUAUCCGCUGGAUGACCUGUACGACAUCACUUUCGGUAUCGCAGAAGUCGAAAAGGACGGAACAUGUGUAAUCACGAAGCACGAAGCUAGGAAAGGUUUUGUUACGGAAGACACUGUCAAAUGUCAGUUUCUGUACGAGCUUCAGGGCAACGUGUAUCUGAAUAGCGAUGUCAAGGCUAUCUUGGAUAGGGUUCAGGUCAAAGCUGAAGGCAAAAACAGAGUUCGUCUGUGGGGCGUGAAAGGCAAACCACCCCCACCCACUACGAAGCUCGCAAUCUUCUAUCAAGCAGGUUACCAGUCUGAGGUUGUCGUCAAUGCAACUGGUUACGCCACGGCUGAGAAGUUCGAUCUCUGGGAACGCAUGAUCAAGUUUGGCCUGAAGCAGAAGGGCAUGUUGGACAAAUUCGACAUCUUGGAAUUCCAGCGCAUAGGCAUGCCGGAGACCAACCCGAAGAGCCAGCUCAGAAGUACAUCGUAUUGUCGAAUCUUCGCGGAGAGCGGCGAUCCAAACGUGAACCUGGGCCUAGCGAGUCUACUGGCAGACUUUGCGAUGCAGCACUACUCAGGCUUUCAUAGUACGAUGGAUCAUCGCACGGCGAUACCGAAACCGUACUUGAGCUUCUACCCGGCGAUUUGGCCGCAGAACAAGCUAAAGACGGCGAUUAAUCUUCUCGCCUCUGGUGAAACAAGGACGCUGAUGACCACGCCACCACCGCAGUCGGAAGAGAUUGGGAGGCGGGAAAGCUACGAGACUGCGAAUCCCGUAGAUCUUGGGUCUUUUGGCCCAACAACGCGUGCGCGAUUGGGAGACAUCGUGCUCGCCCGCUCAGGUGACAAGGGUGGGAACGCGAACAUUGGCUUCUUUAUACCCACGAGCCUCCCUUCCUCCUACCCACAGUCAUCACCCCUGUAUGCCGAAAGCUGGGACUGGCUCCGCAGCUUUCUCACCAUGCCCAAACUCAAGGAAAUGUUCGGAGAGAGCUGGAAUGACAGCUUUUUCAUGGAAAGGGUGGAGUUCGAAGGUAUCAUGGCGACCAACCUUGGCACCAUGUUCAAGAAGUUCAAGGACAAGAUAAAGGGCGACGACAGCUCUUCAAGGCCGUCAUAUGGGACAGAUCAACACAACCUGCAUUCAAACAACCCUUACUAUAGCUCACCCCAAGACCAACAGCAUAAUAUAGCGCCGACGGAGAAGUAUCAAGCACCGCCUGGCCCGCCGCCGAACCAAGCUUCAUCCUCGUCUGGGUACUCCGCUCCACCAGGUCCUCCACCGAGCCACGGGUCGUCUUCUUAUACUGCUCCUCCAGGGCCUCCACCUAAACAAGAGUUCUCAGGUUACGCACCCCCAGCAGGACCACCUCCUUCGUAUCCACAGCAACCCCCUCCUAGCUGGGACCCUCCGCCAUACCACGACUGGACCGUCGUACCUGAUACUUCACUUCUACCUCCACCACCUUCGAUGGGUUACGAUAGUUCUCCGACUGCUAAUGCAUCUACUGAAGAUGGCGAUCGUGCCUUGGCUUGGACCAACAUGAAUCCUUUGUGGCCACCGCAGAAUCUGCAGCCCAGCACUCAUGCUGCGAUUCAGAACGGUCAGCUUGCUCUACUAAAAGCGCCGUCGUAUCUGGGUGAUUUACUCCCUCAACCUCAAGCAGGCCACUGGCGUUGUCGCACCCAUGCGAACUGCAGGGAUUCGAGUAUCCUCACAAAUCUGCCCAUGUACAGCGUGUUUUGGGACUCACCGCUCAACACACAACGCUCCAAGACUGUCUACUUCGAACUCAAAGUCCUUGGAAUCGGUCGCGGUGGCUUCUCAUUCUCGGAAGCAGACGCCGGUAUCGCGAUAGGCUUCGUCGCGCCGCCUUAUCCUACGUUCCGACUCCCAGGCUGGGAACGUGCCAGUCUUGGAGUGCAUGGAGAUGAUGGAAGAAAGUAUGUAAAUGAUGCAUGGGGCGGUAUCGACUUCACAUCGGCUUUCAAGCCUGGCGAUACUGUAGGUAUCGGUAUUACCUUCUCGGUUCCGCGCAACCCGCCCUCAUACGAGCAGUCGCAACAGGGAAGGAUGCUGGAUAUCGACGUGUUCUUCACGCGUAAUGGAGUAAAGGAAGGCGGCUGGGAUGGCAAUGAGGAGCUCGACGUGCGAAGCGAGGGAGGCAACACGGGACUGAGGGGCGAAUGCGAUCUCUUUCCAGCGAUUGGCGUGUUUGGCGGUGUGGAUUUCGAUGUCUUCUUCCACCCAUCGCAAUGGCUUUAUCGCCCAUACUGA